AUGGUACAUUAUUCACAGGUUUUACCCAUCAUGUCGAAGACUUGGAACUCGCAGCCGGCUGUGCAGUCCAGGAAAACUAGUGGUUCGGACCCUGCGAUACUCGUCAAUGGUGUGUCGGUCAAUCCGCCUUUAGACCCACAAAUGACUAGCGCUAACUCACAAUUUUUGACAUCAGAAAAUGGUGUGUCACUUCCGACGAACGGCACCAGUACUGGUUCGAUGCCCGACCCGGUAAACUCAAUGCUACCCAUCCCAAAAAAGUCGCGAGCCAUCAGGACUGACAGACCGCGUCCAUAUUUAUGUUCUAUUUGCACGCGUGGCUUUGCUCGCCAGGAACAUUUGAAGCGUCACCAGCGUGCUCACACCAAUGAAAAACCAUUUCUCUGUGCCUUUUGCGGACGAUGUUUUGCGCGAAGAGAUUUGGUGCUUCGGCACCAGCAGAAACUGCAUCCAUCGCUCACUAUUUCUAGAGGAAGCGGGCCAAGCGUGUCUUCGAACGGAGUCCAUGCGAGCUCAUCGCGAGAUUUCAAACAACAUCUUAAUGAGGAGCACAUCAUCACUAUAACAGGAAAUAAACAAACUAUGCUUCCAAUGCCUCAAAAUGAGGGCAAAUCGAUGAGUAUCGGUAACAGCAACAGCAACAGCAACAGCAACAGCAGUAAUGAAAACUUGAGCACGGUGCUGACGGCUUCCUCACUUCCGACAUCGGAGUCAUCACGUCCGGGCCCUAUUCACACACAACCAGAGGCAGAAUUCGAAGAACGGCAAUCGAAACGCAAACGGCAUGCCUCUUUCUCUGCAGCAAGCACGAUCACCUAUACACAGACCAAAGAUGCACCUAGCAUAAUAGAAAAUGAGAUACCAGACAUUCCGCAUCAGGUGGGGUUCUCAACGCCGCAGCUUUCCGCUCACGAACUGGUGGAGAAGGCCUUGGAGAGUGGUGUCAAUUUUGAACUUUUGCCUUUCCCACCCCUACUCAAUUUACCGGAAUCUAUUGUCCCCGGUUGUGUCACUGACCAAACAGCACUCCGACAUACAUCGUCAGUACCUCCUGGAGACCUUGGCAACUCACUUUUCGCACAAAAGCAGAGACUGGGAAGGGACACACUCGAACGACACGUGAACUCCGCGCCCGAUGUUAAAACCGCGUUUACCGAAACCACGCCUAUGCUUUCGGACUUUUUGCAAAUGGGAUCAUCCUUGGGAGGGUCAGGGGGAUAUACUGGCUUUCUUCCAGGAGACUCUAACCUCGAUUAUUUCAACUACGACUGCUCAACGGAUCAGCCGCAAGCGGUGGAACAUCUCAAGAAAGUUAAUUGUCGAUCAAAUCCUUCAGCAGAAGAGCAGCUUCAAAAGAAUGAAACGAACGUUCAGGAACCUUGGCUGUCAGAGUUCAUCAAUACACAUGUCGACGGAGACUUCAAGGUCGACACGCACGACUUCAAUCAAAUUGGAUUCCCCUAUGCAAAUUCCGACGUCACUACGAGCAAUUCGACACCACUAGUAAAUUUGUCUUCCCCCUCAACACGAAUCGACGAUAAAUCAAUGCUGAGUUUUAGCCCACUGUUAAAAGAAUCUUACGGUGAAGUUGGACCCAAUAAUUUGCCCACACCGGCCGAAGCCACGACAAAUGUGCCACCGAAAUACCACAGGCGGUCAGAAAUCCCUUUGCUAUUCAAAUCGCGGCAGAUUGACUUGUUUAAGAAAAUUAUGGAAAAACAGAAUGAUUACAGCUCACCUAUCCAAGAUGAUCAAGAUUUGACUCGGAAACCGUUCACUAAGGGUUCGAGAUUGCAUUUCUUUACUGAAGACCUCAGAAACUAUAUUUUAGAAUCGAACAACCUGUCCUCUGAUCAGUUCCCCACUUUAGAAGAGCUCAACACUUACAUCAAUCUGUACCAAGACGAGUUCCACCAAUUCUUUGGGUUUAUUCACCUGCAUUCUAUUAGACCUUCGACUGACAGCUAUUCCUUCUUGCUGUCUAUAGCCAUGAUUGGCGCCCUUUACGGAUUCCACUCAUCUCACGCCGUGCUCCUAUACAACAUUUGCCGGUUUCGCAUUCGCGAAUACCUAGAAAAUACAGCAGGACACCACGAUAAGAUACCUCUCUGGCUGGUUCAAAGCUCAGUGCUUCUCAUUUUUAUUGGAAUCUUCAACAACGAUGUGUCAUUCACUUUGAUAAUCAACACGCAAAUUAAGUCAUUGAUUGAGUUGGUGAAGAUAACGCAACUGAACCUGCCUUUGGAGUAUUUUAGCAAGCCGCCCAUUAAAAGCGAUCAUAUUUUGGAUUAUCAGCAUGACCCAUUGCUGCUAGAGCAAAAGAGGCAGGAGUACAAUACACCAGAACAAGUCGAACGCAACUAUCACUACUUUGUACACGCCCAGUCCAGAAUCCGAACAUGCCACACUAUUCUUUCAAUUUCCAAUCUAUUCAAUUCGCUUGUUGGGUUGGAUUGUUGCUUCCAUUCGAUUGAUUUGAAGUGUGGUAUUCCCUGUUACCGGGAAGAUCUGUAUUACUGUGAGACCCCAACUGAAUGGGCAAUUCUGCUGCAGAACUAUCACAUCUCGCUUGACUCUAAGUUCUCACUUAUUGAGCUAUCUAACGGUGGAGAAAGCUACAAAAACUGCUUGAUUUACUUGACCAAUGGAUAUCAGUUUUUUUACGAAAACAAAAAGGUCUCUUUCAAAACUUUACUGUCACUAUUGAUUUCAAUCCACGAGAAGAUUUUCAUCGAGAGAUAUAACUUGAGGCAUGAAACCGAUGAGCAAAUCAUAGAUGUCAAAUGGCGCAUGAAUUCAAGACCCAUUAUUGAAUCGCUUUUGAAAAAUUGGGAGUCCUUGUACUUGAAAAACGGUGGUGUGAUUAUAGCGAACGACGGAAAUAUACCCUUCAUCAACUCCAAUCCUUCUCUCCGCCUAAUUAUACCUCUUCUCAAUUUUGCCAAGAUUCGCAAGUGUUUGCGAAUUUCUCACAUCAUGAAAAAAAUCUGGUUCAAAGACUGGACCGGAAUGAACAAAGAUCUAGAAAACUUUCAUGAUUGGGAGGUUAUGCGUGAGGCCACCGAUCACGCUCUCACCAUUGUCAAGUUCUGGGUCGAUACCGUGUUUAUUAUCAAAAAUGCUGAAAAGACUUCAUUGCGGACGCCCAUCUUCUCCAUCACUUGCAUAUUCACCUCGAUUUUGAUUAUUGCAGAGUACCUCAAAAGGAUUGAGACCUGGGCCAAAAAGUAUCACGAUCUUGCCACUACGGACCUGCUUAAAGCUGUUGAUAGAACGCUGUGGCUAAAAUCGGAACAAACUUUGAAAAAAGUAGAAGAACACCUACUGCCAAAGGGUUACAACAAACAAUCUUAUGCUGAGUUCUUAAGGCUACAGGCCAACGGUGCUUUGGAUGUGGAAGUUUUGAAUGAUAGCUUAGCACGCAAAGCGAUGAGUCCCAAUACGGCGCUACGAGAAACAGUGGAUCUCAUCUUGAGAGCGAGGCUUUCGUCGAGAUCUCUCUACUUAGGUGUCAGAAUUCUCGGCGAUGCUCCCAUCUGGCCAAUUGCACUGCUCUUUGCUCAUGCGCUACAAUCCAGGGCCAUCUUCAAUCUAGCGAACAGCUCGAGUCCUAGCCGGUGA